UCAUAUUGUAGAACACGGCGACUGGCCAUCCCCGUGUUUCUACGUGGUUGACACAGCCAAGGGAGCCCUGGAUUUGCAAAUAUUCAAGAUGCUAAUUGCAGCUGUCCAGAGUGAAACCCCCCUUCACACCUAGGCAACGACUCCACAGGAGUGUGUAGAGGGGUUGUCUGCUUGAUUGCUUGUUUGAGUGGUCAAUUGUAUGACAAAGCCAAGUAGUCAGUUUGGUAUCGGGGUCAUUUGACGCCUUUCUAGUAUUUCUUUAUAGCCCCCCCAAAAAAACCCAGAGACUUCCAGUGUUAUCUUGUUAAACAGUGCUGUGGCAACUCAUUGUGUGUAAAUGAGCAGCUUGAGUGGACUCACUCAAUGAAGCAUUUAAUAAAAACAAGCAUUUUUCAAUUUUUUUUUACAAUUGAUUAGGCGUCUACAUUUUUUCUUGUUUAAAAAUAAUUAGGUGAGACAGUAACAUGUUUAAACCUUAUCAUAAUUAUUACAUUUGAAAUGCUUAAAAAAAUUAUUUAAAAAAUUUAUAUACAAUUUUAUAAAAAUGAUACUUUAAUAAUAUAUAAAAAAAUGAAAAAACAUGUAUUAUAUGUAUCUCUUAUCAAUGAUAAAUUUGAAUGAACACAUUGCACACAAGAAGAAAUUUUAUUUGGGGGGGUGCUACCUCAUGGUUUUUCACUUAUGGCUGCGGGUUCUGGUCCCCAUUAACCGGGAAAAACGAGGGAUCAAUGAUCAGGCAUUAUAACAUGGAAUAUGUUCUGAACCUCCCCAUCAGAGCAAAUAAAAUAAAAUAAGCCUUUUCAACUCUUUCAUUUCUCUUAAAGAUCUGAUUUUCCAUUGCAUUGCCCUUUUUUAUCGCAUUAAUUACAGUUGUUGUUUUCUUCUUUUAUGUUGUCACAUAAACGUGCAUUUGAACCAAUCAGAGCUAACUAUCCAUGCUGAUCACAUCCGUAUGUCGGCCUAUUGAACAGACAACGGGAGUCCAGGCAGGGUGUCUCGUCUGACGCAGAUACACACGCUGGGAGAACUCAAAUUUAUCAAAAAAAUCAGUUUCUCAUAUAUGCCUUGUUACAGUAAGUGUAAUGCAGUAGCCUGAUGCAUAUGUAAAACCUGUUGUGUUUUAUUUUGAGUUAUGGGUAUAACUGCCAAGAGCAGUUUUCUUUGCAUUUCUGUGGUUUUAGGAGGUUUGAGUCCCCUAUAAUUUUUUUUUUUUUUUUGCUCCGUGGCGACCGUUAUGUCUUUGUUAGACAUUUGGACGGAAACAGUGAAUUUCCCAUACAGCAAUGAAAAAGAGCUCCAGGGGAAAACAAUUCAUCCCACGUCAUGUUCUGCUUGUUAUUAUGAAGAAUGUUACUUUUACUUUCUGUUGAGCACUGUAUAUAAAUCUCCCUGUGGACCGACAUAGCCACCUACAAGCUCCAACCAUGAACCCUCGAUUUGCUGCUCUGCUCCUCUUGGUGCUCUUCUGCUCCCAGCGGCUGGCAGCUCAGAAGCUGCCAAACUGCUGUCUGCAGACCAGUGACAAGUGCCUCCCUCGUCAAAUUCUGGUCAACUACUUCCAACAGGAAGCUGGAAAAGGCUGCAAAAUCGGCGCCACCGUUUUUGAGACCAGUAAAGGCCGAAAACUUUGUGCCCGGCCACAGGAUGAGAGCCUGUGUGUUCAAAAGCUCAUUGCUUACCUGGACAACAAAAACAAGCCAAAUAAGCUAUAGAAGUAAAGAGAAGAAAACAAGAGAAUGUUUUUGUGUACCAUCACAUUUUUUAAACAUUAUAGGCUGCAUGUGAAUAGACACCAUUUCGUGGUUUUGUCCUUGAUAUCCGUUAAAUGUUCUUUUUUUAAAAAGAUAAAAUAAAGUUCAGCCUCAUUUUUAAAAAUCAUCUUGUGACGGGCUCAUAUGUUUUAAAGUGGAACUGAAACUGGUAUUUUUGUUACAUCGGUUUUAAAUUUGAUUUCAAGAUUUAAAAAUUAUAACCUAGAAGAAUUCAGAACUCUUAAUAAGUUACA